UGGGGCGUGGCUUAGCCGUUGCCAUGGCGUCGCUUCCGGUGCGGCGGGGCGGAAGUGGCGGGCGCUGCCGGGAGGCGCCGCUGAGCUCGCUGGUGACACCCACCCCCCAAAAACCACGGCCGGGGGAUGCUGAGCCCCGAGGCAGCGCACGGACAGACGGACACAGCCACCGUCAUGGCCUGACCCUCCGCCCCCCCCGGCCCCCCCCGCACCGCCCCCAACCCCACCAAGCUCCGGCGGGAGCGAAGCAGCGACUUCACCCCCCGAUUCCCGAGGGAUUUCGGGGAGGCUCUGGAAAAGGGGGGGGGAGGGGGGAACCCCAGCGACCCCCCUCCCCCGGCGCGAGCCGCAACCAGUCUCCCCCAGAGCGAAACUGAGGGCAGGGAAAAUCCCCAGCUCUGCUUACUCAGCGCCUCGCCGCCGCGCAACGCCGGGCAAAGCCACAGCUGAACUCGCGUUUUGGGCCGAAACACCCGCGGUUUGGGUCCAAACGCCCGCGUUUUGAGGCAGAACACCCUCGUUUGGGGGUGAAACCCCCUCGUUCCGGGCUAAAACCCUGGAGUUUUGGGCUGCCACGAGGCUGAGCCACCUCCAGCCCUGCAGGUCCAUGGCGCGGGAGUGAGUGUUGAAGGAUGCUGAAGAAGAGCAGCUUGGUGUUGUGGGGGGCGGCGCUCUUCAUCGCCUGGAACGGCCUCCUCCUCCUCUUCCUCUGGAGCCGCCCGCCCAGCCCGGCGUCCCCCGGCGACGGCGACCGCCUGACGGCCGAAGUGAUCCGUUUGGCUCAAGAUGCCGAAAGCGAAUUGGAAAAACAAAAAGAACUCUUGCGGCAAAUCCACCGUUACAGCGGGUUGUGGGGGCGACGGCGGCAGGGGGGGGCUCGUCUCACCCCCAAACCCCCCCCUCCGCCCCCUUCGCCGGCGUCGCCGCGCCUCACCGAUCCCGCCGCCGUCGUCUUACCGGUGUUGGUGAUGGCUUGCGACCGUAGCACCGUCCGUCGGUGUUUGGAUAAACUCUUACGUUACCGACCGUCGGCCCAACGCUUCCCCGUCAUCGUCAGCCAGGAUUGCGGCCACGCCGAAACGGCUCGCGUCAUCGCCUCCUACGGCGACGCCGUGACUCACAUCCGACAACCCGACCUCGACGAUAUCCCGGUCCCGGCGGAACACCGUAAAUUUCAAGGUUAUUAUAAAAUCGCUCGACAUUAUCGGUGGGCGUUGGGACAGGUUUUCCGGACCUUCCGUUACCGCGCCGCCAUCGUGGUCGAGGACGAUUUAGAAGUCGCUCCGGAUUUUUUUGAGUAUUUCCAAGCGACGUUUCCGCUCCUCCUCGACGACCGAAGCCUCUGGUGCGUCUCCGCUUGGAACGACAACGGCAAAGAGCAAACGGUGGACGUCGAACAAGCCGAAUUACUUUACCGGACUGAUUUUUUUCCGGGUUUGGGUUGGUUACUUUUAGCCGAGCUUUGGGACGAACUCGAACCCAAAUGGCCGCGAGCUUUUUGGGACGAUUGGAUGCGUCAACCCGAACAACGCCGAGAUCGUUCCUGCAUCCGCCCCGAAGUCUCCCGUACGAUGACGUUCGGUCGGAAAGGAGUGAGCCACGGGCAAUUUUUCGAUCAAUAUUUAAAAUUUAUCAAACUUAACGACCGUUUCGUGCCUUUUACCCAACUGGAUCUUUCUUACCUCAAAAAGGAAGAGUACGAACGUUCAUUCCUCCCCAAGGUUUACGCCGCGCCGGAGGUGAGGGUGGAAGAGCUCCAAGGGAACCGACGGCGGGAGCUCGGCGCCGUCCGCCUCCAGUACAGCGGCCGCGAUUCCUUCAAAGCCUUCGCCAAAGCCUUGGGUUUGAUGGACGACCUCAAAUCCGGCGUCCCCCGCGCCGGUUAUCGCGGCAUCGUCAGCUUCGUCUAUCGGGGGCGUCGCGUUUAUCUCGCGCCUCCCUCGGACUGGACGGGUUACGAUCCCAGCUGGAGUUAGCGGCCGCCGUUACUCCGCAUAUAUAUAUAUAUAUAUUAAUUUUUGGGGGGCUGUUUUCCCCCCUUUUUCCA